CACAUACACAGUAGCUUUAUUCAUAAUAGCCAAAGGACAGACACAACCCACAUGUCCAUCAACAGAUGAAUGGGUAAAGAAAAUGCGGUAGAUACAUUCAAUGGAAUAUUAUUCAGGCUUAAAAAGGAAGGAAAUCCUGACACGUGCUGCAACAAGGAUGAACCUUGAAGAGAUCGUGCCAAGUGAAGUAAGUUAAUCACAAAUGGCGUUAGGUAAGCAGGGAAUGGGCAAUUAGUGUUUAAUGAUUAUGGAGUUACAGUUUGAGAUGAUGGAAAAGUUCUGGAGAUGGAUGAUGGAGCAGGCUGCACAACAGUGUGAAUGUACUUAAUGCCAAUGAAUUAUACAUUUAAAAAUGGUUAAAAUGGGAAAUUUUAUGUCAUGUAUAUUUUACCACAAAAGGGGGAAAUAUUUUUUAAAAUUAACAAAUUAAGAAAAACUGUACACACUGUAUUAUCCCCUCAGAGCUGUAUUCUUGGCAGUUGAAUCUCUUAGUUGGACUUCUCGGAAGAUAUUUUGGAGGAGGCUUUCUUGGGCAACACAGUAGUUACACUGGCAACUCUACACACAUGGAGUGCUGUCUCUGUAUUUGUGAGUGUGUGUUCUUUGAUUUAUUUUAAACCAUGGACAUACGAAGUUAUACCAUCAAAUAUUAGCAGGUCAUUCCUAAAUAAUAACAGAAUGGAAACAGUAAUAGUUUACAUUUACUUUUCCUUAAUCAUAGUAUCUAAAGGUGCUGUAUUAGUCUGGGUCCAAUAAUGAGAUUUAAACCACACUGUAGGUUAAACAGGGAAAGUUUAAUAUAAUGAAUGAGUAAACUUUGAUCAGAUGACAUGCACCUGUAGUCUCAGCUACUCAGGAGGCUGAGGCGGGAGGAAUGCUUGAGGCCAGGAGUACGAGACUGUAGUGUGCUAUAGUCAUAGCACCUGUGAAUAGCCACUGGACUCCAGCCUGGAAAACAUAGUGAGACCCCAUCUCUGAAAAAACAACAACUCUGAUUAAAGUGUGUCUAGAAAAUAUAAAGAACCUAUGGCUAAGGACAAAUACUCAAAGAAGACACACUUGAAAGGGACCCUUCCCCAAAUUUGGGUUUCAGAUCUGACUGGAGCAGGUAUAGUUCAGCCUACUGGAUAGCUACUGUGUAGAAGUUUGAUGGCUUGCCCAGGCUGGAUCUGGUAUACAGUCAAGGGAAAGGCAGAAAGGAACGCACUAGAAUGCAGGCAGGGCAUAGGUCAUCAGCAAGCAGUGGCAUGAGAGCAGAGGGAAUGGUGAUGGGUACAGGUGAGCCAACGGCUCUACAGAGAGCAGUGGCUCGAUGGGCACAGGUGAGGAAUUGGGGGCACAGGUGAGGAAUUGGGCUGCUACUGGAGUUAGGAGUGCUUUCAAGUUCCAGUUUUCACAUCAAGUGAGGUGCUAGGUUAUUGCUAGAACAGCCAAUAGUUGCAGUGUUGCCAAGGAAGUGUGUAUCCUGGUAAAGUGCCAGAGGCAGAGCUCAGGCUAUUUGAAAUCCCCUUCCUCCUGCAAUGUCCUACCAACACUGUCUAUUGAAAAUGCUUAAUAUAUCGCCCAUUGCAAAGGUUAGAUGCAUAGAGGAAAUCUGUCCAUUGUCACAGAGUAUAUAGUGAAGGGUUAAUUUGGAGCUGAGAAGCAAUAAGUUGAUAACUGUCACAGGCACUUCAUCUCUCAGUGUCUCAUUCAGUCAUGUACUGAUGCUCCCUAGACAACACCUUCUAAUUUCUGCAUUUCUGCAUGGCUACUAUUCCUCCUCCAAAACUAUUUUUUGAUGAUGUCUGAGUUCAUCACUCUGCAAAAACUAAGUCAUGUGGCUCUUUGUAUUUGAAAGUGAAAUUGUCUAACCUGUAAUUUAUUUCACAUGAAAUAUGACACUGAAAGCAGUAAUGUCAAAGAAAAUUUUUCAUUCGUUGAUAUCAGCAAUUAAUUAGAGCUGCCAAAAUACCACCAUUCUUAUCUGUAUAUCAAUUUCUGCUUACCAAAACACUGCUUACAAUAAAUUUGGUGACAUCUGGCAAACUGCCUGUUGCGAGUGCUAUUCAUCAGCCUGCACUUUGGUCAUGCAUUUAUUUUCAAAAACUCAUAAAGCUCCUGGCCAGGCCCAGUGGCUCAUGCCUGUAACCCCAGGACUUUGGGAGGCUAAGGCAAGAGGAUUGCUUGAGCCCAGGAGUUCAAAACCAGCCUGGGAAACAUAGGGAGACCCUUGUCUCUACAAAAACAAAUCUAAAAAAAAUUUGCCAGGCAUGGUGGUGCAUGCCUGUGAUCACAGCUACUUGGGAGGCUGGGGCAGGAGGACUGCUUGAGCCCAGGAGGUAGAGGCUGCAGUGAGCCAUAAUCGUGCCAAUGCACUCCAGCCUGGGCGACACAGCGACACCCUAUCUCAGAAAGAAACUAUCUUGACUUACAAACAGAUCUACGCUUAAAAUUUUCUAAACACACUGCAGAGCUGCUCAAACACAGCACUUAAUGGGUGCUCAAUAAAGUAUAAAAUCUUCACACAGGUGAAAGCCAGAGGAUGCAGCAUCAGCCUUUCCUGCACUUUGUGGCAGAGUCACAUCAGUCACAUAGACCUGCCUAGCACUCUGCCCCGUAAAUAUUCUUCAACUCAACAAAGGCCAUAGAUAAAGGAUGGACUUUCUGAACCCCAAAUCCAUACACAAGGGUGAGUAAACUUAUGAAGACAAAGAGCCUGCAAUGUUAUCUGGUCCUGCUCUGGAAAUUUUGGACACACGGUUAGCACCCAUGAGAAAUCCCAGAGAAUGACAAACCUCUAAAUCCAGGGCCAGUUUGGUCUCACAAAGGCUGACAUCCCCAGAUUUCCCUAUGCCUGCCUACUCACCCCAGGAGAAACUGAAUUGUAAGUGUGGGAUUUCUACAAAACAGCUGCUAAGCCAUCUAACUUCAUCAUCCUCAUCCCACCCAGCUCACCUUUUAUUUAUUUUUUUAAAAAAUGGAGAUGGCGUUGCCCUCUGUUACCUGCCCAGGCUGGUCUCGAACUGCUGGUCUCAAGUGAUCUUCCCGCCUCGGCCUCCCAAGUCGCUAGGAUACAGGCCCGGCCUGUGUGUGUACAAAACGUGGGCCUUGCCCUAGCCCACCUUUUACACAUAUAUCCAUUAGUUCUCGAAUAGGUGAGAACACCCGCUCAGGUGGCUAUGGAGGGCGCCGGCGGCUUUCUUUUCAAUGACGCUUGCUCGCCCUGGAUAGACCUUACUUUCUCUCUCUGUCCCCUAUCCUGAGAGCUGAGUCAGAACCGCCCGCGGGGUUCACUCCGACAACUCCCAGGCCCUUGCCGCGCGGCGGAAACCGUGACUUGCCAGGCCCCACUUCUGCACGCCCCGCCCCGCCCGCCGCGCCCAGCCUCUACGCGCCCCGCCCCGCUCCGCGCUGGCAGAGCGGACCAAGGCCCUCGGCCGCCCCGCGUCAUGGCCGCGCCCGCCCCGGUCACGCGGCAGGUUAGCGGCGGCGCCGCCCUGGUCCCGGCCCCGAGCGGACCCGACAGCGGGCAGCCCCUGGCGGCCGCCGUGGCCGAUCUGCCGGUGCUGGACGCCCGCGGACAGCGGGUACCGUUUGGCGCGCUGUUCCGGGACCGCCGCGCCGUGGUGGUGUUCGUGCGGCAUUUCCUGUGUUACAUCUGCAAGGAAUACGUAGAGGAUCUGGCCAGAAUCCCCAAGAGUUUCUUACAAGAAGCAAAUGUCACCCUUAUAGUGAUUGGACAGUCAUCCUACCAUCAUAUUGAGCCUUUUUGCAAACUGACUGGAUAUUCUCAUGAAAUCUAUGUUGAUCCUGAGAGAGAAAUUUAUAAAAGAUUGGGAAUGAAAAGAGGUGAAGAAAUUGCCUCCUCAGGACAGAGCCCCCACAUAAAAUCAAAUCUACUCUCAGGAAGCCUUCGGAGCCUGUGGCGGGCAGUGACUGGCCCUCUCUUUGAUUUUCAAGGAGACCCAGCUCAGCAAGGUGGAACCCUCAUUUUAGGUCCAGUCCGUGGUUUGUUGAAUGAGGAUGCGGAACCCAUGGAUGCAGAAGGCCAGCUGUGCUUAGAAAACAUGCCUCAUGGCCGGGUGCAGUGGCUCACGCCUGUAAUCCCAGCACUUUGGGAGGCCGAGGUAACAACAUCCAUUUUAUACACCGCGAUAGGAAUAGGUUGGAUCACAAACCUAUCAACUCUGUUUUACAGCUUGUAGGAGUUCAGCAUGUGAACUUUACAAACAGACCUUCAGUUAUCCAUGUGUGACUUAAAAUGCACUCAGUCACUUUCAACUGGACCUUUUGGAAUGUGACCUUCAAUGCCUAGGUGUAAUAUCUUUGUGCAGUGUCUAACCUGCUGUCCCUUCCCAGCCUUUGAGGAGUUAGGGAAGCAUAAAGGGGGCUUGAACCAGUUGAUAUGCGUGCUGGGAGGCAUCAGUUGUCAAAAUGUGAUAUAUACUUCCAUUUUAUAGCUUUUAACAUUUUAUACAAAAUAGCAAAAAUGAAUAUACAAAAUAGAACUUUAAAAGCUAUAAAAUCAUAAAUACUCUUUAAAUUAUUUUACAUUGUGGUAUAUUCAGUCAAUGAAAGAUUUUUUUUGGCAAUCUAAAUUCUGACGAAGAAUAUAUAAAGACAGGAGAGCAACACAAGACCAUUGUAUUCAGUGAAGAAGGCAAAAUAUCAAAUCUGUCAACAAUGUAACUGCAUUUUUAUAUGUAUAUAUUUGUAUUUUUGUAUGCUUAGGAAAAAGACAGGAAAUAAACACCAAAAUGUUGCCAGUAGGUAUCUCUGUGUUAAGAUUACAGUGUUAUUAUUUUCUUUUCUGUACUUUUCUGUAUUUCCCAACUGUUAUAUAAUGAGCAUGAUUAAUAUUGUAGGGCCAGGAAAAGGUCUUUAAACGUUAUAGGACAAUUUUAUGCCACAUAACAACCUUCACAAAAGUGCAAAAUUAUAUAAGCUGCAGUCCACUUUUCUAUCCUAAUUGCUUUACUCAGAGGAAGUGUGGCAAUCCGAACAUUUCACAUGUAGCCAGUGUCCACAGCACCUUCUCGAACUACAUACUUGCUAUCCAUUUCACUAGGGUUUUGGGGGGUUGGGGGAGCUAUGGAGAAAAAAAUUGUUUUAGAUAUUUAAGAUACGUAUUUAAAAAUAUGGUCGGUGUGCUUUUUGAAAGGGAACUAUAAGAAUUUUUUUUUUUUUUUUUGAGACGCAGUCUCACUCUGUUGCCCAGGCUGGAGUGCAGUGGCGUGAUCUCGGCUCACUGCAAGUUCCGCCCUCCGUGUUCACGCCAUUCUCCUGCCUCAGCCUCCCGAGUAGCUGGGACUACAGGUGCCCGCCACCACGCCCAGCUAAUUUUUUGUAUUUUUAGUAGAGAUGGGGUUUCACCGUGUUGUAACAGCCAGGAUGGUCUUGACCUCCUGACCUCGUGAUCCGCCAACCUCGGCCUCCCAAAGUGCUGGGAUUACAGGCGUGAGCCACUGUGCCUGGCCUUUUUUUUUUGAGAUGGAGUCUUGCUCUGUCACCCAGGCUGGAGUGCAAUGGCUCAAUCUCAGCUCACUGCAACUUCCGCCUCCUUGGUUCAAGCAAUUCCGCCUCAGCCUCCCAAGUAGCUGGCAUUACAGGCACCCGCCACCACACCUGGCUACUUUUAGUAGAGACGGGGUUCCACCAUGUUGGCCAGGCUGGUCUCGAACUCCAUACCUCAUGUGAUCCAUCUGCCUCGGCCUCCCAAAGUGCUAGAAUUACAGGCAUGAGCCACCAUGCCCAGCCAAGAAUUGUUUAAAUUUUUUUAAAACUUGGUAAUUUAAAUGUACACUAUGGUUUAGUUAUGCAUUCCUAGAGAACUGCUAUUUCUCACCCCCAAACUGCUCUUAUUUGGGAGACUGUUGUCAUCUUUUAUUUUUCUAGAAUCUUUUUUUUUUUUUUUGAGAUGGAGUUUCACUCUUGUUGCCCAGGCUGGAGUGCAAUGGCACGAUCUCAGCUCACUGCAACCUCUGCCUCCCGGGUUCAUGCGAUUCUCCUGCCUCAGCCUCCCAAGCAGCUGGGAUUACAGGCAUGCGCCACCACGCCCAGCUAAUUUUCUAUUUUUUAGUAGAGAUGGAGUUUCUCCAUGUCGGUCAGGCUGGUCUCGAACUCCCGACCUCAGGUGAUCCACCUGCCUCAGCCUCCCAAAGUGCUCGGAUUAUAGGCGUGAGCCACUGCGCCUGGCCUGUUUUUCUGGAAUCUUAAUAUGUUUAGUUGGGAAGUGUCCAGAAAUCCUGAUGAAAAGUAUAGCAGAAUCAGAAUUUUGGUAAUGAUUAGCAAGUAUAAUACUGCUUUGAACUCAGUACUUUUAUAUGAAGCAUAUAAAGUUACAAAAAAAACUAAUGUAUUCAAAUAUUUGAAUAUACCUUCAUGUUUGUAUAAUGUUUUUAUUCAAUAAAAAUGAAAUUUCUCAUUUAAA